AUGGGAAUCAUGCACGCUGCGAGCCCAUUCGACAAGUGGGGAAUUGAUAUUGUGGGAAAGUUGCCCAUGGCUCCGGGAGGCAUGUGCCACUUGAUAGUGGUAGUGGAUUAUUUUUCCAAGUGGGCCGAAGUAGAGGCCGUUAGUAAAAUCGAGGAUUUGACGAUAGAGCGGUUCAUCUGGAGGAACAUAUGUUGUCGAUAUGAGGCACCAUUCACACUGGUCUAUGGCUCUAACGCCAUCGUUCCAGUUGAAGCCCGAUCAACCUCCCACCGAAUCCAAACCUACUCUGAGAAGCAAAACAAGGAAUUAAGAAAGAUAGAAUUGGACAUGAUCGACAUAGAGCACGAGCUGGCACAAAUCAGAUCUGCAAAGUACAAAAGCAUUGUCAAGGCCGUACAUGACAAAAAAGUGAAUCUCGAGAAGUUCGAAAGAGGAGAUUUUGUACUAAAAAGAGCAUACGUGCUAAAGGCUGUUGGAAAAUUCGAACCUAAUUGGGAGGGUCCAUACAUAGUCUCCGAAGUACUUAAAGGAGGAGCCUACAAGCUGGUGGAUGAGACAGGGUUGCCCUUGCCGCGUCCAUGGAAUGUCAACAUGCUCAAGAGAUUCUUUGUUUAA